ACAGGUUGAACUGUGUAUUGGGUUAAAGAUCUUAAUUGUAUUGACCCGUCAACCCGUCUAUCAAGACACAAGGGGGUAAUACACGGCGAGAAAGGCGCAGUAUCGUUAUUCUGAUGUUUUAGUAAGACAGACUGAAGGAAUUCUGUACACUGGAAUCAUAUAACGUUAAUAAGACAUCAAUUUGAGAAUUUUGUUUUCGAAAAUGAUGUCUUGUAGAGCAUUUGUACCAUUGUUGACGCUAACAAUGGUGACAACCGCAGUAUACGGGAGCGGGUGCGUUUCGGCACCAACAUGCUCAUGUGACUUCGCUGGUGAAGAAAAUGCCAGUACGACAAAGUCUGAGAUGUUAGCUGGGGCAGUAGGAGCAAUGAGUCCACUGCUGGCCGCAGGGGCCGGGUUGGGGAUUUACAAGUUCGUACAGAGCCGGAUGGCAGCGCCUAAAUUGGGAUUUGAGCGGGCACCUUCCGACCUGACAGACGACUCCUUCCGGGAAGCGAAACAAAAGAAAUUCUCGCGUGGUAGACGAAACAGUACAACGCCACUUCAGACCGACACGAGCGACUUUAAUUCUAGCCGGAGAGGGUCGAACGUUACAACACUUUCCGUCACUGAUUAUGACGAUUGGGAUGUUGAUUCAGAUCGGGGAAUGCCGUCUGGAGACAUGGAUGAUCCCAUGUCGUACAUGGGGUCCACCGUGUCCACCUCGGAAGUGUCUCCCAGGAUAACUCCUAGCUUCCAAUCACCACCCGCCACAGUGAAGAAGGACAACAUUAAUACAUGGAUGUUUUAAGGGAUUAGUGUGUGUUGUGUGGACAUCUUAUAACAGGAAAAUUGAGUGAAAUGCUAUUAAUGAUAAAAGGUUUCCAUCAGUUUAAAUAAAUAUAACGAAAAUAAGAAAAAAAUUCAAUAGAAUGGUUUCUAAAGCAUUACAUAUGUCCUGAAUAUAUCACAGUUAAUUCGGCGAAUUUCCCAGAUAUCUUAUAUCAUAUAAUAUAAUAAAAACAAAAUACAACUUAUUUCUGUAUUUGUGAAACUGAUUAAUCAUGGUUGAUCUUUUUAUGGUGUGUUAUUUCUAUUUAAUGAAGUGUUUAAUAAAAAGUACUAU